ACUUCCCACCUAAAACGUGGGUGAGUUUGUGGUCUACUCAGUCUGUUGUCAGAUUUCGUUCUUUCUCUUAUUGCUUAUAAUUACUUAAUGAUCCAUGAAUUGUAACGAUAACACAUGAAGUUCUGAAGAUGGACAGAGGUAUUAGUAAAAUACUUGAUAUAUCGUGGAGAUUUGGAGUGACUACAGCAAGUGAUUGCGACAAUGUUGCAAAGUCAUUUCUACAACUUAAGUUAUGUCUUGAGAAUGAUGGUAUAGUCAAGAAUGUGUUUACUGAAAUGACAAUAGGACAAUUUUACAAAUUUCUACAUGAUUUGGAAAAGGCAAAAUGUAAUCUUGAUUUAUUGCUGUAAACAAAUAUAUGCAGAUUAAGAUAUUA